AUGAGCCAGAACGAAAAUGGGGACAAGGAAACACCAUCUGAGACGACAGAGUAUCAUGUGAACUCGACCAAUCUGUUUGACAAGGGGAAUACUCCAUUCAGACGGAGUUUGGGGACAAACAGCAUUACUGGGACAAACAGCAGUCCAACAAGACAGAACGCGAAAAAUCCAAACAAUUCGACUAAAUUAUUGAAAAUUACGAAAGUGACAAAAAUCGAUGCGGAGAGUAAAGGAGAAGACGGUACAACCUCACUUAGCGUGAAUGUGGGUGCCCAUGAAGCAGAUCAGACUGCAGGAUCAUCGUUGAACGUGGAGGAGAUAUCUAAAGAGAUUCCUUCCUUCUCAGCCUCCCUGGCCAUGUUUGAGAAGGAGUGGAACUCCAUUAUCGACAAGUACUCUAACGUAGAGGACCAGGGCGAUGUGGUGGACCUGGCAAGUGGCUCCAUCGUUAAGAACAAUGGACAUUUGGAGCUGCUGGAAGAUGAGGAGGAGACGAUAUGGGAUUGCAUGUUCCCGAUACACAAAGAGGGAGAGGGGAAAGGUGACGAGGCAGCUGUUUCAGGACCACCAACUCCGUCGCUAUUGCAACAAAUGGGAGAGUUUCAGAGCGAUUCUGAAGACGAGGUGGAGGAGAAGGAGGAGAACACCACCAAGAAGAGACGAAUCAGUUUGUGGGAUGUUUAG